UGUAAAACUACACUCUCUGGCGUUUACAUAUUUGCCCUCUUUUCAAGUCUGGCGUUUGGCCUGUGUUUGAGUGAGCCGACGAACGGCGGCAGCGGGGUGGGCAUUGAUGGCGGCGGAGUUGGAUAUAGCAAUGGCAAUCAUCAUGGAGGAGGUGGCGGCGAUGUUUACGGUCACGUGACAGGGCCUCGACCCCGGAGAAGUAGGCCCGGCAGGUCGCGUGACUAUGGCAGCGGUUCUGAUGCUAGGGUUCCGCAUCAACAGCAACAGGAGAAAGAAAAAGCUUCCCCUCCCUGUACGAAUUACGAUGUGGCGUAUUUUCACUCCUACGCUCACCUCGGCAUUCACGAAGAGAUGAUCAAGUUCUUUUACCAAGGUGCUUCACCUGGUUUCCAAAGUUGGGUGAGACAUCCAUAUUCUGGAAGAAGGAAAUAUUUAUCUUUGGAUGUCAGUUUCAUAUGGUUUAGAGUUCAAUUAAACUUUGAUACUAAGGAUCGUGUGCGUACAGAAACUUACAGAGAUGCAAUUUUCCAGCACCAAGAACAGAUUGCAGGAAAAGUUGUAGUUGAUGUUGGUUGUGGCACUGGCAUCCUCUCAAUAUUUUGUGCUCGGGCUGGAGCCCGAAGGGUGUAUGCGGUGGAUGCCAGUGAUAUAGCAGUUCAGGGUUCUUUUAAAGAAAGCAUUACGUGCUGUGUUGCAAGUGAUUCUCAUAAGUUUGAUUUGUUUUGCAGAGUCAAGGUGUUGGAAGCAAAUGAAGUGAUCAAGGCAAACAACUUAUCCGAGACAAUCAUUGUAUUGCAUGGGCGAGUUGAGGAUGUUGAAAUCGAAGAAAAAGUUGAUGUUAUAGUUUCUGAAUGGAUGGGUUACAUGCUUCUUUAUGAGAGCAUGCUGGGAAGUGUUAUUACUGCUAGAGACCGGUGGUUGAAACCUGGUGGUCUUAUGCUUCCAUCUUUUGCCACAUUGUACAUGGCCCCUGUUUCUCAUCCGGACCGAUAUACCGAAAGCAUUGACUUUUGGCGUAAUGUGUACGAAAUUGAUAUGUCUGUCAUGAUGCCGCUAGCAAAGCAGUGUGCAUUUGAAGAGCCUUCUGUAAAGCAUGUCGAUUGUUGUGCUGUUACAAUCGAAGAGUUGGAGUCUAUUUCGACAAGAUUCAAGUUUCAAUCCAUGAUGAGAGCACCAUUUCAUGGGUUCGCAUUCUGGUUCGAUGUGGAGUUUGGUGGGCCCACUGUUGGUGUUGAUAAUCAUGUUACGGAUGGUAGUCAGAGAAAGAAACGUCCCAAUCCAAAUGACGCCCUUGUGCUUUCUACAGCACCCGAGAACCCUCCAACACAUUGGCAACAG